AUGGCACCCCAAAUAGUCGACCUCUCUGAUCCGAGGAUUCAACCCGGAAAUCAAAUUGAUGCGGAACUAGUCCAUACAUUUUCAGAAAAUGAGAAAGCUCCGCCACCUCCUCAAGAUGCAUUUGGAGAUGAAGAAUUCGCCGAGGUCAAAUACAAGGUUCUCAAGUGGUGGCAAGGCGGUAUGCUCAUGAUCGCUGAGACAAUCUCCCUCGGCAUCCUUACCCUUCCCAAGGCCAUGGCAUCAUUGGGCUUCGUACCGGGUCUUAUUAUUCUGGUCGGACUAGGUAUCAUUGCAACAUAUACGGGAUACGUGAUUGCACAGUUCAAAUGGAGGUUUCCACAUAUCUCCAGCAUGUCUGAUGCAGGAUACCAGCUGCUCGGCCCAAUUGGGAGGGAGCUUGUCGGGUUCGCCCAGAUACUGUUCCUUGUCUUCAUCAUGGCCAGUCAUUUGGUGACGUUCAGCGUGGCUAUGAAUACCCUCACACACCAUGGAACGUGCUCUAUAGUAUUCGGUGUUGUCGGGCUGAUUGCCUCGUUUAUCUGCACUCUUCCACGAACAUUGGCCAAAAUGACCUGGCUUUCAGUUGCUUCUUUUAUCAGUAUCCUGAUAGCAGUGUUUAUUACUAUGGUUGCUGUCGGUGUUCGCAAAUCUAGCGACGUUAUUAUACAUGCCACUGCCCAGCCGAGUCUGGUUACUGGUGUUACUGCCGCAGCCAAUAUUACUUUUACAUAUGUCACACACAACACCUUCUUUUCCUUCAUCGCAGAGUUUGAGGAUCCACGGGACUUCCCCAAAGCACUGGCCCUUCUCCAGACAGUCGACAUAUCCUUAUACAUUGUCACCGCCGUGGUCAUCUAUUACUUUACCGGGAAUAAUGUGACAUCUCCAGCUCUCGGAUCAGCUGGUCCGCUGAUAGCAAAGAUUGCAUACGGCAUUGCUCUACCAACCAAUACUAAGAGACAGAUCAUCAUUGCCGGCGUCAUGAACGCCCACAUCGCCGCCAAAACCAUCUAUCUCCGCGUCUUCGCCGGCACAGACCGCAUCCAUAAACGCGAUCUCGUCGCUACUGGUUCCUGGAUUGGCAUUGGUUUAGCACUCUGGAUUGUGGCGUGGAUUAUUGCCUCGGCAAUUCCUGUCUUUGAUGAUCUGCUCAGUCUUAUGACUUCGCUAUUUGCCACUUGGUUUACAUUCACCCUGCCUGGCAUGUUCUGGUUUUACAUGAAUAGGGAUGUAUGGUUUUCGUCGCUCAGGAAGUUGUGUCUCACGCUUCUUAAUACAUUUAUCAUAUGCAUAGGUCUGCUUUUGUGCGGUCUUGGUGUUUAUGCUUCUGGAAAAGCGAUCCAUGACGAUGCUUCUUCUGACAGCUUUUCAUGUGCGGAUAAUUCAUGA